AUGUCAGCUGGCAUUUACUGGAGUAAUAUCAGCAAAACUGAACAAGUCAAACGAAGACUGUUGACAGUAAGACUAUUUCAUCGGAGGAGUGGACGCCAUUUGCGAAUCGUCAAAGGCAUCGGUUUCGGCCGUUUGCUACGUUUCACUCUAGUCUUUCCUAACCUCUACAUUGUCUUUUCUCUUCUAUUUCUUCUCCCACUUUCUUUCUUUUCCACAACCGUGUCUUUUCUGUCUUUUCUUCUUUCUUUCUUCUUCCCAACCUUUUCUUUUCUAUUUCUUCCCUACCUUUUCCUCUUCCCUUCCAUUUCUCCUUUAUUUCCUCUUCUCUACCUUUUCCUUUCUCUUCCAUUUCUUUCCUCUACAUUUUCUUUCAUCUUCUCUACCUUUUCCUUUCUCUUUCAUUUCUUUCCUCUACAUUUUCUUUCCUCUUCUCUUGCCUUUUCCUUUCUCUUCCAUUUCUUUCCUCUUCUCUACCUUUUCCUUUCUCUUCCAUUUCUUUUCCUUUCCUCUUCUCUACCUUUUCCUUUCUCUUCCAUUUCUUUCCUCUUCUCUACCAUUUCUUUUCCUUUUCUCUACCUUUUCCUCUUCUCUUCCAUUUCUUUUCUCCUUCAUUUCCUUUCUCCUUUAUUUCCUCUUCUCUACCUUUUCCUUUCUAUUUCUUCCCUCCUUUCUUUCCUUUGCCUUUUCUUUACCCUUCUAUUUUUUCUUCUUUUUAUUCCCUCCUCUCUUAUCUAUCCUCCUCUUUUUCUUUCUUUUUUUUUUAACCUCUCGAUUUUUGUCCCACUUCGUCCCAUUCUCCCUUGGUUUCUUUCUUGCCUUUGUCUUUAUGUAAUUUUCUUCAUUUCAUUUAGACACUUCUCCUCAUACCCCACCCACUCUAUCCUACGUCUUCGAUUUCUGUAA